UGACAGUUUUUCUAUUGCGCCGCGGCGUCAAUCUUGGUCAGGAUGAUUCCAUUCUUUCCUAAACUCACUCCUCCAGUCACUCAUAGUAUUUGGUUUGAUGUUGACAUGCCACAAGAUGAGGAGGCAGAAAUUACUGCAUUAGAAGAACUUCAGAAUGACCAGAAUUACCAAAUCAACCAGGCUGCCAGUGAUCUAUCUCCUUUGGGAAAAGCUCCCCAUGAUCAUACAGAAUGUCCAGAUUCAGAUGAUGAUGCUAAUGAGGACAGUGAUGAUGAAGAUAGCCACGAUGAAGAAGAUGAGGAUGAUAUUAUUGAUACACAAACAACAAUAGAACCCGAUGGGACCACUGAGUAUCCCUCCCCAGAUAUUCCUCAGAACAUGAACAUGAGUAGCGAAACUGGCGAAACAUCCCAAUCUUCCGUUAUGAAUAUCACAAUGUAAAGCCGAGCUGAGAGUACAAAAAUCAUAAAUUGUUCUAAGGGGACACUCAUUGCGAGGAACAGAAAUCAAUCUGACCGGGUAACUCGAAGAACCAGGAAUCUAUGGUAAAACCGAGGAACCUAUAGAAUUUUCUGGGAACCGGGAGAGCUCGAACACUUUGAUCUCCUUGUUGUAAAUCUGAUUUUUAUUAAUAUUUAUUUAAUCGUCUAUGUCUAUAUAAAAAAAAUCAUUUCCAGAAUAAAGCAUUAAUUCAGCAAAAUA